AUGCCGGGAAACAUCACGACUCAUCACGACGACACCACGCCCGAGUCGAGCGACGGUGAUCGGCAUGAAGAGAACCACGACGACCGCGAAGUCCACGAGGAGCAGCACAAUGGUGAAGCGGAACACGGAAAUGGUGAUGAGAAGCACAAGAAACCACCAGGCGGUUUUGAUAGGACUCCCCUCCCCGACGCUCCCCAGGGAUACACUGUUCGCUUCGUCUUCCACUCCGCGACCAACAUUCCCGUAGCGGAUUUCCACACCGGCUCGUCAGACCCUUUCUUGAUUGCGACGCUCAAGGGAACGCAGCCGAAGCGCCACAAGGAAGAUCCCGACCUCAAGUACAGGACGCGCACCGUCCACCGAACCACCGAGCCGGUGUGGGACGAGGAAUGGGUGGUGGCCAAUGUCCCCCCCAGCGGCUUCACUCUGAAAUGUAGAAUGUACGACGAGGACGUUGCCGACAGGGACGACAGGCUGGGCAACGUGACCAUCAACGUGGGCUCCCUCACCGACGACUGGCCGGGGAUUCCUCCUCCGGGCCAGGAGUUCGAGGCCAAGAAGCGCGUCAUGAGCAAGCGCGCCUUCAUCCUCAAGGGCAUCGCCAGUGCCGUCAUUCACGGGACCCAUAUUGCGCCGCGACUGCGCAUCAGCAUGCAGAUCCUGGGCAAAUCAGAUCCUCCGUAUGCGCAAAUGUGCACGAUAGCUCCGACGAGGUGGAUCAAGCAUAACAGUCCCAUGAUUGGGCGUUUGAUCGGGGCAAAGGUGAAUGCGAAUGAGUCUGACGAUGAGAAGAGCCAUGACGGGAAUGAUGAUGCUCCCAAAUCUACGAAAUACGACUUCCAAGCCAACGAGAUACAGCUCCAAGGCCCGGUCCCGGCCAUCCUUUACCAUCGCUAUGUCGAGUUCAGGCCCGUCAUUGGCUCCCUCUUCUCGUCUACCGGCAUCCGGGGAACCAUCCUGAACAAGGCCCUGCACAAGCAGCACCACCGCAUCUACAACUACAGCAGCACCACGGAAUAUGGCAAGUUUGAACCGUGCUCUAAGCAAGCUUCGCUUCAGUUUCUUAAAUUGGCACACUUCGACGAGGGCGGCCGCAUCUUCACAUACGUACUCACACUGGACGGACUGCUUCGCUUCACGGAGACGGGCAAGGAGUUUGGCAUCGACUUCCUGAGCAAGCACACCAUGCACGCAGAUGCGGAGAAGUACAUUGCUUGCUCGGGAGAGUUCUUCAUCCGAAGGCUGCAGCGCCCGGAUUCCAACGACAGCCCCGAGCCGCACGAGAAGACGCACCCGUCCGAGCCCAUCCCCGGCGGCCCGCCAAACCAGCCGCCGCCCCCGAACCCUGCAUUUUACCAGCUCUUCAUUGACAAUGAGUCCGGGACGUAUCGCCCGGACAAGUCCGUCUUGCCAGAUCUCAAGAGGUUCUUGCAAAAGAACUUUCCCGGCUUGGGCAUCGUCACCAUGUGCUGCGGAGACGAGCGCCUGGAAAAGCUCAAGGAAGAGCAGCGAGCCAUCAAGAAGAGCGAGGGCAGACUGGUGCAGGUCGUCAUGAACAGCAGCACCUCGAGCUUCAGCUCGGUGGAGAGCGAGCUCGACGAGCGCACCGAGAGCUGGGAGGCCGGCAGGAAGAGCAAGAAGGAGGCGGCGCACUCGGCGCUGAGGAACCCCGACUCGGAGCAUCUCAAGGAGGUUGUGGACGUGAUGAUGCCGUAUCGCGAGAAGAAGGCGGAGGGGGCGGCAGAAGGGGGCGGCAGAAGGGGGCGGUAA